AUGGUUCCAAAAAGCAAUCAGGUGUUGAGUGCACUUAAGUUUGUAGACAAUAUCAAUUAUGAAGGCAUGGAAUCUGUGAAAAUGGGUGGACAACAUGUACGAGUUGAAAUGGAUCAUUCGGAUGGAUAUAUUAUUUCAUACUGGGAGAAUACAACGGAUGGAUCAAAAAUUAUCACUGACUAUGUUACCAAUCUAUUCAAUAUUGAUGUAUCAGAUAUCUGGGCUUCGAAGCAAUCCUUCCAUAUAAUUCAACAUGUGAUCAGUAGACAAAAAACACCAUUGAGAUACGUUAGUUACGCGGACUCUAGUGCCUCAUCAUCAUCAGAAAAAGAGAUGGCAUAUAUUCUGAAAUACUGUCGUCCUAUGUCUCAAUUGAGCAUGCACAUAAAACCUCCUCAAAACUUUCGGUUCACGGAAAAGUUUCCAAAAAUCGAUUGCUUAGAUAUCAAUGAUGGAAAAUGGGUUUCACUUGACAAUCUGCUGACAAUGGAUGGAAUUGAUAUUCAUCUGGACAAUGCCAGUCUCAUUAGUAGUGAUGUGAAUGUCUUCCUGAAGCACUGGCUGUCUGGAGGGUGUCCUCGACUGAAAUUGUUCUGCGCCGAAAUUGGUUCUCUGGAUAUCUUUCAAGUACUUGCUGAUUUACUGCGUAAUGUCGUUUUUGUGGAGAACAGUCAUACCUACACCAGCCCAUUUGGAUACAGGAGAACUUUGACAUCUGGAUUCGAUAUACGACGUGCGGAUGGUGUGACAGCUACUGUAUGCCAUCAACAGACUGGAAAAUUGGUUAUUGCUGUUUGGCCAGAGGCGACUCAUAAUUAUAAUUAA